AGCCAACCUGAGUCGAAAAUCAAGCUUGUGGCUUUUGGCUUAGCCUGGAAAAUUGUGGGAAAUUUAAUAAGGCCGGAUUCCGUGGUGCAAGGCCCGGAUAUGAUUUGAGUGGCGUGUCAACGAUCAAGUGAGGGCCCGGCGAUGAAUCACAAGGCUUUUCUGCGGCUGUAUUGCCGCAUUUGCGGCCUGCGGCGCAUCCACACCAAUCAGUGGCUGCACCCGGUGAUCUGCUACAAGAACGUGAUUUUGAUGUUGCACGAAUUAGACGUGAGCUCUGAAAGCGAAGAGCUCUUCCCCAAGUCCGUGUGCAAAGAGUGUCAUGGCAAAUACAAAAAUUCCUCUGAUCCCACCUCCUUGUACGCCCAGGCUGAAAAAGCGCACGUGAGUAAUGACUCGGACACCAUCAACCGAUUGACCCGAGCUCAUCCCUUGGUGGACUUUUGGGCUCACACCUCGACCGAGUGUGCCAUCUGCGAUGAUCCCAGUUAUGAUCGAGCUCAGGCCGAGGAGCAACUCAAAGUCGUGUCCAUGAAACGCAUCUUUCAAGUAGGCGCCAACACCACCAUCGAUUUUGGGGCCAAGUCCAGCCCGAGCACAUCUAUCCGGCCCGCCCUCGGCGGGGCCGGACCCUCGACCAGCAUGGGCUCACCGGCCACACCCCGAGGACGGGGCCGGCCUCCCAAUUCAGGCGUGUUCGGCAAGAAUCGCAAUUACAAAGCUAGCGUGUUGGCCAAUAUCUUGCAUAUUCUCCAGACGGAUGGACCGACCGUGCUGAAAAGCUUGCGAAAUUUUGGCAUUGUUUACACCCAACCCAGCGAACUCAAAGCCCCGAGCUCAUUCGUGGUGGCCGACACCAAUCGAAUUCUGAAAAUAUUGGAGAAUCAACCGGAAAAGAAGAAGAUAUCCACCCUCGUGAAGGCUAUCACGGACGAUAUCGUCGACGGCAAGUUGUCCUUCUUCAAUGAAGUUGGGAUUAAAAUCGAUCUGCUCCAUCCGAACUUGUCGUUCCUGUUAAAAAAGAUCCGGAACUUUCAGCCGGUCAAGACUUAUCCGGGAGGAGCAAGGAGUGUAGGCGGACCCUCGUCGUCGGGAGGCGCGGGCCAGCUCGUUCUGGCCAAGCAGCGUCCAGGGCCGGCCCGUUUCAAGAUUGGGCCUAACGGAAAACCCAUGCGAGGUCGUCGGCGAGUGGUGGAGCGUCAUCGAACGGCCGACGGCGUGGUGAACACUCACAAAGCCAUGGUCAAGGUGCGGCCCAUCGACGUGCCGGGUGAGCUAACCAAGGUCAACCCAGGGGAGUAUUUGACAGCCAAAAAGCGCCGGAUCGUCGAGGUCGAUAAUAGCAACUUGUUGCAACUCCAGUCGGGUUUCGGCUUGAACGCAGUGACCAAUAUUGCCUAUACGGCCAUGGUUCAGAAGCCUAAGUUGACCCCUGACCGUUUGGAAGAGGUCAAGCGCCAGUUCCUUAGUUUUCUGCCCGUGACUCGGCCCUUAUCUUUGGACUUGAUCCGUUACAUUUUGUUGCAAGAACCCGAGAGACGCAAUCUUCUAAAGAAGGUCGGAAUUAGUUUUGACCCGAGACAAGGCAAUUACCUUUGUCCCGACGGCAUGAGUGCGCAAACCGUAUUUAAAUGUUUCUCCAAGCUCAAACCACUAGCCGAUGUUCAAUGGGCGGUGAUCAUGGCCGAGACCAUUUUUAAGCUCAUCAACCUGGACGACCUGCAUUCCUUCUACUACGUCGGAUUGGAUGUGGACGAAGAUCACCCCAAGGUGCCUCUAUUCUUCCGAAUUCACCACGAGAUGAAGAGGUUCCUCACCCACAAUAGCUCCCAAUCCCUGGCUAGCCAUUUGGUGGAUCAGUUCGCUCUGAACAACUCGGCGGUCCACCUCAAGGCAAUCGAGACCGUGCUGGGAUGCUCCAUGCGAGAGGCGGACGCAUUUUUGAGGUCGGGCAACGCCGGUCAAACCCCGUAUCAAGCCAGUAUCAUCGAGGUCCAAAUGCCGGUCAAAAAACGCGGACGUCCUCCCAAGGGCAUCAGCAAGCCAUCCUUGUUUGAUCUCCCAUCAAAACGACCUUACAAGAAGCCGAACACAAAAAGUCGUGGUCGGCCCAAGAAGAUCGUUAUCAAAGAAGAAUUGGAAUUCACUGCCUCGGUGACCGUUGCAGAGAGGAAAGAACGAUCUGCUCGAGCGAAGAAGACGAUCAGUUACAAUGAAGGAGAUGUGGAUGGGGAAACGCGAGUAGACAUGGAAGAGGAUCCGGAUUUUGACCCAAUGCAAGAACAGCCAGAGGCUCCCUUGGAGGGAACUGUGGAGAGCGGUGAAAGCUCUGCAGCCACUCCUGUCGAGAAAGAGAUUGUCAAUCCCGAAGCCGAGUUAGUGGCUAAGUCUGAGGUCUUGGACAAUGAGCCCACGGUUGCCAUGGAGGUUACUGAGGAGGAUGAGGAGAUGCCCGGCGACGUAGUGUCUUCAAAACCAGCUGAAGACGAUAAAACAACAGAUGAGAGUGUAAAAGAGGAAAAUGGUACCCCCAGCAAGGCCAAGGCCAACGACAUUGAAUCUGCCCCUUCGGUUGCCGUUGAAGAGGUCAGCAAGCCUGUGGAGGAAACAAAUGGAUCCAAUAGCACGGGGGGUGAUGAUGCCGAAGGCGCUGAAGGCGCUGAAGAUUCUCAAGACGUGCAACCUCAAAAUGCUUGUGAAACCCUUGAAGAUUCGAAUAACGAUCCUGAAACGGGAAAAUCCACCAAUGGUGUCUCGGGAGAUUCUUCCGAAGAUUCAAACGUGGCAACUGCCAAAGAGGGAUCUCAAACGAGUUAUUCCGUGGAGAAUCUCAUCGAAGAUAACCCCAAUGCCAACUCCAUGGUGAGCGAAGAUGACAAGAUGGACACCACCACCCCCGUCCCCAAUGACCUGAGUACCUUUGCCCAAUUUGAAGGGUUGAAUGAAGUCCCAGACUUGUGAAUGAUUGAUGUUCACUCAGUGUUACUGUAAAUGAGAGAGAGCACUAUUUACGUUCUUGAAACAACAUAAAUGUUCCUCUGCUAUUACGUCACCGCCCCUUCCCCCAUUCCCGUUUAUCUCCUUCCUUGAGUGAGUGUCUGAAAAUUUCUUCGAAUAAAACUCUUAUACUAUGUAGAAUAAACCAAUGUAGAACGUU